UUUUCAGUCUGGUACAUCGUUGACGCCAUAACAAAGACAUGAUCCACAUCCACAUGCAAUCGAAGGUCUCAUCCAAGCGCCUCACAGACAAAUUAGUCGAAAACAUACAGAAGAGACGAAGAAGAAGAAGGGAGAGAGGUGGCCAUGGAAAGCAACGUUAGGGAAGCUCUGCUGCCGGGCUCUUCGCAGCCAUGCCUUCUCCCUUCCUCCGCCUCACUCAUCCGCCGCAUGUACAUGGGCCAUUUUCUUGCUAGAUGGGGAGCAAGAAUGUGGGAAUUCUCAGUUAGUCUGUACAUGAUAAACAUUUGGCCAGACUCCUUGCUCUUCACUGCUCUGUAUGGUGUUGUUGAAUCUGCCUCCACUGCAUUGUUUGGUCCCAUAGUUGGUACAUUAGUAGACAAAUUGACUUACUUACAGGUUCUACGGCUUUGGUUAUUGACUCAAAAUUUGUCAUUCAUGGUUGCUGGAGUCUCAGUGACGGUGCUACUGUCCUACUAUGGCUUGAUGUUGACAGCAUUUGUUCAAUUCAUUCUAUUAGUUGUUCUCAUCAACAUUUCUGGGGCAGUUGGAAAAUUGUCUACUCUUGCAGGGACAAUAUUAAUUGAGAGGGAAUGGGUGGUUGUAAUUUCUACUGGUCUACCUCCAGAGGAAUUGACAAAAAUGAACUCAGUUAUUAGAAGAAUUGAUCUGUGCUGUAAACUACUUGCCCCUGUUUUCAGUGGCUUCAUCAUUAGUUUCAUCUCACUUCGAGCAUCAGCAAUUGUCUUGGCUCUAUGGAAUACUAUCUCAGUUUGGAUACAGUAUUGGCUUCUAACAUCUGUAUAUAAUGGUAUUCCUGCUCUUGGUGACAGAAGCCAGAGGAGAAACAAGACAGUAGCUCCAACUGAUUUUAUAGCUAUCUCAUCAGUUGAUGAGAAUGAAUGUUGCAUUUCAUCUGAAGGAAUGAAUGCGGUAGCCGAAGUACAGCGUCAUAAUAUUUCAUGUGUCGACAGACUCUCAGCAAUUCCUUGCUUUGAUGGUUGGGUUACAUAUUUCAGGCAGGAAGUGGUUCUCCCAGGAAUUUCUCUGGCUUUAUUGUACUUCACAGUCCUAAGCUUUGGAACAUUAAUGACUGCUACCUUGGAGUGGCAAGGCAUACCUGCCUACGUGAUUGGUAUAGCGCGUGGUGUUAGUGCUAUAAUUGGAAUAGCAGCAACUGUAGUGUACCCAAUUGUUCAUUCACGUAUUUCGACAAUCAGGACUGGCCUGUGGUCCAUUUGGACUCAGUGGUGCUUCCUGCUGGUUUGUGUCGCAUCUGUUUGGAUUGGUAACAGCAUAACUUCAGCAUGGAUGCUGAUGGGAGGAGUUGCGGCAUCACGCCUUGGACUCUGGAUGUUCGAUUUAUCUGUCGUGCAACAAAUGCAGGAUCGUGUUCCUGAAUCUGAUCGAUGCAUGGUUGGAGGCGUCCAAAACUCGUUGCAAUCUAUGCUAGAUUUGCUGACAUAUGUGAUGGGCACAAUAAUUUCAGAUCCCAGGGAUUUUGGUCAGUUGGUGCUCCUGUCGUUCUUCCUAGUGUCGUCAGCCGCCGUGCUAUAUACAGUCCAUGUUUAUCAUGUCCGGAAGCAUCUUUUCCACUUCGACAAACUGUUUGGAAAGUUCCAUUGAGGGUAGUUAUGCUAGUUGAUGGAACCAGAUCAAAAACAUGGAAGAUCUAAGAAAUUGAGGCUUGCCGAUGUUGAAAUCUCCAGUAGGCAUUGGAAAUCCUACAUGCUUAUUUAGAUAUCAAUAUAUGUACAUGUGUGAGAUCAUUUGAUGUUGCCAUUCAGCUAAAUUGUAGCAAGUAUUAUUGUAUUGUGAAAUUGGUAUUCUCAAGAUCACUGUAUACUUUAGGAUAGUUUUAUAUUUCUCUUAAUCCAUCAAAAAAUAAUACUUCUAUCAAUUUUUAUUAAUAUUCAAUUAUCAUUUGGAUAAUAGAAUCUACAUUGUAAUCAA